GAGGGGAGGAGGCCGGUGACCCCAGGCCCGGACCUGUGCCCUCCCUGAGGCGUGGGGAGGGGGCCGGCCGACCCCCGACCCCGAGUCUCGGCAUUCGUCCUCUUCUCAGGAGUCCGCCUCCCCCUUCUCCGAGCGAUCCUCGGAUCCCAGCCCAUCGAUGUCCGCAGCCCCCAUGAGGCGGAAGGAUGGGAGCACCGGAGGGGACGAGGGCUGCCCUCUGGCACAGUCACCCUCUUCUUUUCCUGGACCCUGACUCAGUGCGGACGCAGGACCCCUCUCCACCCUCCCCUUCCCCGUGCCUCUGGAAGGCCUCGGAAGGGAGCCAGACAGGGGACUGGGUCUGCGGGGCGGCUCGUCCUAGGCCAAGGGUCUUCGGGCCUGGAAAACCGAUCGAACCCCGGGAGCUGAGCGGGGCAGCAGGGCAGCCCGAACUGCAGAGGUAGGGGAGCGGGUAGGGGGAUAGGAAGGUAGGAAGGCUCUGGCUGUGACGUCAUAUGAUUAACCCUCUCCGCGCCCGGCCAGUUGCCGUCCCCUCAGUGGUAGAAGUCUUGAAGCUGACUGGUCUGGAGAAGAUGGGGUGGUGCUAAGUAUAGAGUCCCCAGCAGAACCCCGAUUCUAGGGUUCGAGGCUUGGACGGGUUGGCACCCCAGCAGGCGCCCAGUCGUCCCAGGAAGGCCGCUGCACGCUUCGUAGAUGUCCAUGACAUCAACCAGUGGAGCCUGAUUGGGCCCGGAGGUCAGUCGGAAGCCUCCGGCUAGUGGCGAAAGAGGACUCAGGUGUCCCAGCAGAGGACUCCGAGGGGAGUUGGAGAGGUGCAUCUAAGUGGGACUGCGACCCUUGCCACCUGCCACUCCACCCACCCGCCGAGGUCCUCUUCAUCCACCCUGGCUCAGCCACACUGGGGUAGGAAGGAGUCUCCUCAGCCGCAGUUUCUGACCUGACUUCCCGAGAAUCGCUCAAAAGUAGGACCCCAGGGCUCUGUGCAGCUGAGUAUGGGUACCGAGAAUGAAAGCCCAGAACCGGACUGCCAGAAACAGUUCCAAGCCGCAGUCAGCGUCAUUCAGAACCUGCCUAAGAAUGGCUCUUACCGCCCCUCCUACGAAGAGAUGCUACGAUUCUACAGCUACUACAAGCAGGCUACCAUGGGGCCUUGCCUGGUCCCCCGGCCUGGGUUCUGGGACCCCAUUGGACGAUACAAGUGGGACGCCUGGAACAGCCUGGGCAAGAUGAGCAGAGAGGAGGCCAUGUCCGCCUACAUCACUGAGAUGAAGCUGGUGGCACAGAAGGUGAUCGACACAGUGCCUCUGGGUGAGGUGGCAGAGGACAUGUUUGGUUACUUCGAGCCCCUGUACGAGGUGAUCCCUGACAUGCCGAGGCCCCCGGAAACCUUCCUGAGAAGGGUCACAGGCUGGAAAGACCAGGUACUGAAUGGAGACGCUGGGGCUGCCCUAGCGCCUCCCUGCCUCCCCAAGGAACCAGCACCCCCAGGCCCAGAGUCGCAGCCACCCAGGGACCUGGAUUCCGAGGUUUUCUCUGAUUCCCUGGAACAGCUGGAGCCUGAGCUGGUUUGGGAAGAGCAGAGGGGUGCCCUUGGAGGAGAGCCUGACAGCAGAAACAGCCCUGUGCCCCCCCCAGAGAAAGACGGGUUGGAUGGCAACCUGCUGGGGCCCCAGGAAUUGGACGCAUGGCUGGUGGGGACAGUUCGGGCCCUGCAGGAGAGCAUGCGGGAUGUCCAAGGGAGACUGCAGAGCCUGGAGAGCGUGUCUGGUCCCCGCAAGCAGCAGAGGCCCCAGCCCAGUGCCCGGCCUUGGCCCCUCAGGCUCUCGGGUCCCAUGCUGCUCUUCUUCCUCCUGUGGCCCUUCAUUGUCCAGUGGCUCUUCCGACACUUUCGGACCCAGAAGAGGUGACUCAAUGGCGGAGUCUCUGCAGCCAGUUGAGGAGGCUAUGAGCCCCUGUCCUGCUGUACCCUGAGCCUUCCUAGGGUUUAGGAGAAGAACAGCAUUGACGCGCGCCCUCCUCGCCAAUCGGUGUUUACCUUGGCACCCCUCCCCUAAUGCAGGGGCCGGAAAAGACCCCACCCUUCCCUGCAGCUUCUCUUGGACGCUUCCUCCCUUCCCCUCAAGCACCCCAGGCUUCCUUGGGAGGUUGCAUUGGUGGUGCACGGCCCCGAGUCUGAGUUGGCUGGUGACUCGGGGGCGGGGCUGCUGGGUCUCAGCCUCUGCCCUCCCCACCCUUUGGGUCACCUGACUCUUCUCCCACCCCAGCCUCUCCCCAUGGAGGCUCAGCUCUUGGGCAAGUUGGGACUUGGGCCCGGGCCUGGAAGAAUGAUUGGCUGGGAGGCUGCGGGAGGGAGGCCAGGAGGCCCGGCCGAGUUGGGGGAAGGCGGGGAGAGCAGGCCCCGGGGGAGGGGAGUGAGGUCCGUUUUGCCGGCCUCCCUCUCCAGCCGCCCUCCCCUACACACUCAGGAUGCCUUCACCGAAGAUUCCCUUACAAAUGAAUGUUUCACGAAAUAAAAUAAAAUCUUAAUCUUCUACCAA